UUUCAAGAAUAUCCUAAAACUUCCUUAACUGGUGUUACUAGUAUUUAUAAUAUUUCUGGUUGUGAAUCAGAUGAUGCUAAAAAAGCUUUUGGAAUUUCUAAUAUUCAAUAUGCUUAUGAAGAUCCUAGAAAUAUUCAAUCAAUUCAAAAAUAUUCAUUUUUGGGUGUACUUGUUCAAAAAACUUAUUACUCAUGCCUUAGUAUAAAAGUGUGCGAAUUUAGCUCAACAACUUUUGAUAUUGAACAUAUGUCAGUUGAUUUUGAAGAUCAACUUUAUAAAAAAAUCUUUGAUGCGAAUAAAUUUUCAGUUGAUACGUUUACUCUUAA